GGAAAGUAGAAAGUGGAAAGCAGAAACGUUGUCCUUAGUUGGUUUUGGCCUUUCCUCUUUCGUUUGGUUUUCCCAUUUGGCGGCUUACAUUUGCUCAUCUGACAUUUUGGGUCAGUUGUCGCAUUUGUUUUCAGCUUGCUGUUGUGCUUUUUCAUCCGCUUUUCGGCCAACUUUCAACUUUAAAAUGUGUGAUUUAUUGCCGAGAUGCCGCCGCGAACUUUUUGUCGGUGCGUUAAACAUGGCGUAUGAUUAACGUCAACGCGGCGUAUGCGUAAUGCGCAAUGGCAGCAGCACUUAGCGACAACUCAAAGUGGUGAAAAAAAAACAAACGAAACGAAACGAAAAGUUCUUGACCAAAGAGAUUCCGAACUGCAGUUCAAAAUUAGUUUCGAGUGACAAGUGCUUAAUUCGUGUACAAGUUAAUUAAAUAAGUUUGCAAUCGCAAAGCGAAUCGAGGUGGAAAACGACUUCGAAUUAAAUCCCAGGCAUCUAAAAGAAAUUAUAAGUUUAUGAGGAAAAUCUCCUCAAAAAUAGUGAAUCAAGAACAUACAUUAAUUGAACAGAAGCUUUUAGAAGUUUAAGAAACUAACUUAGACUAUUAGUGGAAAAGAAAAACAAGUUUUUCCCAUUGAAAACAAAUUUUUUUAAACUAAACAAUAAAGUAUUGCAAGCUCUUAACAAAACGGAAGAGAAAAUCUCAUGUACCUAAUUCAAAGCCGAAGUAUUUGUAGCAGCCCAUUGAAACGGAAAUUUGAGAGUCAUUUAAAGCUGAAUGGCAUUUGCUCAAUAAAAAAGAACCCCUUUUCAGACACUUUCGUCAAUCAUCGGCAUUUUCCUUCAUUUUCCCAGGUGAUUGCUAAACAAUUUGAUUCUGCUCGUUUGGCUUGAUGAUUGGGCAGAAGAAUUGUUCUCGUAAAUGUUCAAUUGAUUGCCAGCUGCCAUCGACAUCGACCUAAUGCCAUUCGAGCCCAAAAAUUGUCCAAUGACUGCACUUCGAGAUGCUUAUCAAAGAUUCAUGUGCGCAUUUGCCAAUCACCUGCAGAGCGGAUCGCAUUUCCCCCGCCCACUUUUCCUUUUCCAUUUUCUUUGCCAUUUUCCCGUUUUCUGUGGCGAUUGCACUUAACUGACAGACGCACGAAUUUUUUGCUGUACCAAUUAGCUGCGGCCAUAAAUUCAGCCGCCGGCCUGGAAUCGCCGACGAUGCAGGAAGUGGAGGUGGUCGAUGUGGUGGAGAACCAGGAGCAGUUCCUGCUGGCUAGCCCGGAUCCCAACUGGCUGGCCGCCAUGGCGAAUGAGUUUCAGAGUGUGCCAGUGUACGAGACUUUUCCGGCUGACUUGCAGAACUGGCUGAUGGAUGGCUAUGGGAUCAGUGCCUCGGACUUCUACCACAGCUGGAGCGGAGCAGGAUUUGGCAGGCGGAGCAGCACCCGCACCCAGCUGAUCUGUACGGCAGAUGGGCAGUGCUACGAGGUCAACAAAAUCGUCACUGCCUGCUGUCCAUUUUGAGCAUCCAAUAAAGGCAUUGAAAACAA